AUGGAAACAAAUGAAAGUGGUUCAGAUAUUGUUGAACAAAUAACCCAUACAGUUGAGAAUACAACAAACAUUGAUAUCAUAACACGUACCGACCGACAUUCCAUCGGAUCGAAUACCAAUGAUACUAAUUAUAAUUCACAAAUAAAUAUACAAGUGCAAGUUUUACGAGAUUAUGGUAUUUCAACUGGUACUUUUAAUAAUUGUGUAUGGACUCGUAGAGAUUUACAUGUUGCUCAAGAUGGAAUACAUAUUAAGUUAUCAUUAUGGAACGAUCAAGAUCACGUACACUUAGCACAAUGGACAACACUCAGUUAUUAA